AUGGAUCCUUCUGAUUCUCACCAACCUUUUGACUUUACCACCAUCACCAACACCUAUGUCCCCGAGGGCGUCACUGCUCCGAAUAUAUCCCCUACCACUACACAAACUGUUAACGAAUUAAACCGUGUUGAGGCAAAUGUUGAGCCAGUGGUUCAGCCACAUGUUGAGCCACCGGUUCAGCCACAUGUUGAGCCAGCGGUUCAGCCACAUGUUGAACCAGCGGUUCAACCACAUGUUGAGCCAGCGGUUCAGCCACAUGUUGAGCCUCAUGCUGCUUCUGAGUCAGCUCUUGUUCAAGCGCAGCCUUCCUCAAACCGCCGUCCUUACACAGACAUGAUUUACGAAGCGGUUGUGGCGUUGAACGAACCUAGGGGUUCCAGCAAGUCGGCAAUCUCAAGCUACAUCAAGAGGUUGAACCCUAAUCUUCCUGAUGGUCAUGAGGCUUUGAUGACUCACCAUCUCGAGGUCAUGAAGAGAUGUGGCAUUCUCACUAUGGUUAGGAAAUCAUACAUGCUUGCUGACUCUUCUCCUCCGGAGAACGUGGCUGUUGCGCCUGCUGCUGUUAAUGCAGGUCCGGUCGUGGCUUCCGGAUCUGAGACUCCUCCGGGUUACACCGGUUCGCUUGAUAUGCUGGCUAACUCGGCUGCUGCUGUCGAUACACGUCUGGUGGUGGUUUCCGGAUCUGAGAUCCCUCCAACCGACACUCGUUCGCUUGAUAUGCUGGCUGUCACUGCUUCUGCCUCGGCUUCUCAGCCUCUGAAGCGAGGUCGUGGACGUCCACCAAAGCCUAAGACCGAAGCUCCACAACAGCAGCAACCCAUCGCUGCUCAACCGAUCCCACAAGCGCUGCAACCAUCCAUCAAUGUUGAACCAAGCGAUGUCCAGCCAAGCGAGGAGCAACCCGAGUUGCCUGUAACCGAUCCGACCGUGGUGGUUACGGAGUCGGCAAAGAGAGGCCCUGGACGUCCAAGGAAAGACGGAUCUGGUCCGAGCGUUCAAACUCCGAGUCUGGCUGUAAUGAUGAAACGAAGGGGCUGGCCAAUGAGUUGUAGAGGUUCCGGGAGAGAGAGGGAGCCCAUAUCUGUCCCGGCUCCUGACUCUGUGAUACCUGACGUCGGUGGAUCUGGCGGGGUCGCCACCCUUGCUCCAGCUGGUGAAGAAGCUAUGGCGGUUGCGGCUGUGAUGAAGCGUGGACCAGGACGUCCACCUAAGCGUGGACGUGGACGUGCAGCAGCUAGACCCAUACAGGACACACCAAGGCCAGUCACGAGGGCUACUGGGACCAUCCAAGAGCUUGCAUAUGGAGAACUCAAGAGAAAGAUUAACAUUGCUAUUCAAUUCACGAAUCUUAUGUUUGGUUUUGGUCUUUGA